AGUGCUCUGCUAGUCGUCACGGCGCCAUUUUUCCAGACCUGCGCGCUGAGGACACGAGAACGACAGUCAAUGUUGUUUAUAUUCUCUUCAUUUUAGUGUAACCGGUUUAACUUGGAUCAAACAUCGUGAUGGGGGUGAAGGCGCAGCGUCCUCGCUGCUUCUUUGACGUUGGCAUCAGUAAUGUGCCAGCGGGGCGAGUCGUCAUCGAGCUUUUCUCUGAGGCGUGUCCCAAGACAUGUGAAAACUUCCGCUGCCUGUGCACAGGCGAGAAAGGAAUUGGCAAGACCACCCAAAAACCUUUGCACUAUAAAGGAAGUCUGUUCCAUAGGAUAGUGAAGGACUUCAUGAUACAAGGAGGAGACUUCACUGAAGGGAAUGGCAGAGGUGGAGAAUCUAUAUAUGGAGGAUUCUUUGAAGAUGAAAGCUUCACAACGAAACAUACCAAGGAGUUCCUUCUGUCAAUGGCGAACCGAGGGAAAGACACCAACGGCUCACAGUUCUUUAUAACUACAAAACCAACUCCUCACUUGGACGGAAUUCAUGUGGUGUUUGGUCAGGUGAUCUCCGGCCAGGAGGUGAUCCGGAUGAUCGAGAGUCAGAAGACGGAUACCAACAGCCGACCCUAUGCUGAGGUCAAAGUGCUCAACUGUGGGGAACUUAUUCCCAAAUCUAAAGCAAAGAAAGAAAAGAAGCAUCAGUCAUCCAGCGAGAGUGAUGACGACUCUUCUUCAGACAGCUCCACCGACUCGGAGGAAUCAGAGAAGGAGAAAAAGAAACGGAAGAAACACAAGAAGGAACAUAAGAAGAAGAAGGAACAGAAACACAAGAAGAAAGAGAAGAAAGGGUCUGAUGAGGAACAGGCUGAUCCCCAAACUUUGUCAACCAUUCGCCCAGAGGAAGUCCCGCCCAUUCCAGAAAACCGCUUCCUAAUGAGGCGAAGCCCCCAGAAGGCCAAAGAAGAGGAGCAGGGGAAAGAACAGAAGAAGGAGGACUCUGGGAAAGAGAGACAAAGAGACAGGGACAGGGAGAGAGAGAGGGAAAGGGACAGACCCAUGGCGAAUUCACGGCCGAACCGCACAAGACUGGUGAUGACCAGGUCAGGGCGCAGGAUUAAAGGAAGAGGACCGAGGCGCUACCGGACUCCAUCUCGGUCUCGCUCACGGUCGUGGGAUCGGUUUCGGCGCAGUGAGACGCCUCCACACUGGAGGCAGGAGAUGCAAAGGACACAGAAAGCUAAAUCUAACACAGCCGCCACACAGGACAGAUGGAUCAAAGGGGACAAAGGAGAUAUGUCAGAGGACAAAGCAGAUGCCACUGAACCAGCCAGCGAAAACAAACCUGCGGGACAAGAAGCAGCAAAAAAGAACUCUGAACGAGAGAAGAAAGAUGCAAAGCGGGACAAAUCACGCAGUCCAUCCAGAGGAAGAGAUAGGAAGAGGGACAAACAUCGCUCCAGAAGCAGAGAUCGGGACGCACGCAAAAAGACUGAUGCCGACGUGGAAAAGAAGAAAGCUCGCAGCCAGAGCAAAGAAAAGAAGAGAGAGAAGGAAAAGCGCGAUAAAGCCGAUGACAAACGGGGACGCUCGAGCAGCAAGGACAGAAAAGAGAAAGAGAAAGAUGCCAAAGAGCGAGAGAAGGAAGGCGAACAGAAAGACCGAAGCAAAGAAAGGACCAAACAGCAUCCGGAUGGGAAUGAAAAGGAGAAAUCGAAGGAGGUGGAAAAGAAGAAGAAUGGAGAGCAGCAACGUGACAGAUCAAGAAGCAGAGAAAAGGCUCGUGAUGCGUCGCGUAGGUCCCGGUCGAGGGGUCGCGGUCAGCGUGGCCAAUCACGCGAGAGAGGCCGUGACCGGCGUCACAGCAGCAGCCGGGACAGAAGAUCCUCUCGCCGCUCGAGAAGCAGAGAGCGAGAGCGAGACCGAGGGAGAGACGCAGAAGACCGAAACAAGAGGAAGAGCACCGAUGAGGCGAAGAGCAAAGAAACCAGAGGACGAGACCGAAGCUCCAAAGAACGCUCUUCCCAGAAAGAGCGAGACGAUCGAACGAGCGGGAGGAAGAGGAGAGGAAAGAGCGACAGUGGAAGCAGCGAUUCUGAGAGCGACGGCGAUAAACGCAAGAAAAGUAAAAGGAGCGAGAGCCCAAAAGCAAAGGACAAAUCUAAAAGUCCAAGAAAAGAUGCCAAGAAGAAUAAGGACGCCUCUUCCAGCGCCAGUGACUGAGACUCUGCAUGUACCACUCCCUAUUUUGAGUUAUCUUUUCCCCACACAAGCAUCAACGGUCUGCUGUUCAGCAAACGAUACAAAGAGACUGACAUUUUAGUCAUCGUGUAAACAUUGUGGACACACCCUGGAAUACUUUUAAUCACUGAUACAGACCGUACCUAAUUUGUUUCAACUGAAUCGGUUAUAUUUGUCCUGCUUUUAUCUGACGUUUGUUUUCUCUCGCCCAUAUCUCAACGUAAAUGUUUAGUGAGUUUCUUAGUGAAAAUGG